AUGGUCGACCCUGAACUGGAGGCACUGCUCAAGGCCGCAGAAAAAGCAACCCCACCCACGUCAAAGAGGAAGAAACGCCAGCCAUACACAAAAGAUUUCAUGGUUGCUAUUCGCGGUCAGCUAGACCUCUCAACGCCCCUCCAUGCUGCCGUUUAUGCCUGCUUGACAACCACAUUCUGGUCAGCUGCCCGAGUUGGUGAGUUCACGGUCAAAAACCUGACAAGCUUCGACGCAAACAAACAUGUCAAACCCUCAAACGUUACAACCACGACAGACCAGAACGGCUUCGAAACAACCGAGUUCUUCAUCCCCUCCACAAAGUCUGAACCCACCAACGGAGAGACAGUCUCAUGGUCGAGACAGAACGGAGACACAGACCCGGAGACUGCAUUCCACAAUCACAUAGAUGUCAACUCACCGCCAAAUGGUGGCCACCUCUUUGCGUACAAAGUAGGCUCAGGAUACAAGCCACUGACAAAGCACAAGUUCAUUCAAAUUCUCACCACCGCAGCACGAGCAGUUGGCCUAGAGCCACUUCAAGGCCAUGGGAUCAGGAUUGGGUCAACACUCGAGUACCUCCUGAGGGGGAUUCCAUUCGAUGUGAUGAAAGCAAAGGGAAGGUGGGCAAGUGACGCCUUCCUCGUCUACCUCAGGAAGCAUGCCCAAAUCCUCGCACCAUACAUGCAAGCAGACCCAGUCCGCCAGGAAGAAUUUAUCAGGCUAACCAUGCCUCCACUACGCCGCCACUAA